CAGGCAGUGUAGAGAAAGCAACCCGGGAAGCGGAAUCCGUGCAGUGGCCUGGAGACUGACCCCUCUCCCGGCCCCCAACCCCUCUUCCAUGCGUGCGGGCUCGCAACUUCCAGAAGCUGCUCGCACCUUCCAGCCUGAUGUCUUGUGUUAAGUUAUGACACAGCGGUACCUCAGCCCCGCUGGUGCCCAUCGAGGAAGUGGAGAACCCCGAUGCAGGAUUUGGCGCUGUCUUCCGGGCACAGCACAGGACUUGGGGUUUGGAAGUGGCGGUGAAGAUCGUGAACUCGUGAUGCCGGCUGGCGAUAUCCAGGGAGGUGAAGGCCAUGGCAAGCCUGUUUAACAAUCAUGUGCUGCCCCUGCUGGGGGUCACAAAGAAACUGGAGGGGGAGUACGUGUCUGGGCCGGCUCUGGUGACUCAAUUCAUAGAGAACGGUUCCCUGGCGGUGCUGCUACAGCCCCAGUGCCCAAGGCCGGGGCCGCUCCUCUGCCGCCUGCUGCAGGAGCUGGUGCUCGGGAUGUGCUCCCUGCACAGCCAGAACCCCAUGCUUCUACACCGGGACCUCAAGCCCCCCAACGUCCUAUUGGACUCAGAGCUGCAUGCCAAGCUGGCAGAUUUGGGCCUGUCCGCGUUUCUGGGAGGCUCACAGUCAGGGACAGGAUCUGGGGAGUCAGGGAGCACCCCAGCUUACUUGACCCCGGAACUGUUGGCUGAUAUAAACUGGAAGGCCUCCAUGGCCAGUGAUGUCUACAGCUUCGGGAUCCUAAUGUGGGCAGUGCGAGCCAGAAGAGAAGCUGAGAGUAAAACUCUAGGCAGACUCUGGGAUCCUUCACCUCAGGUGCCCCCUCCCCCAAACCCCCAAUCCCGAAGCCCUCCUCUUCCUGCUUCUUCCUCCUUCUUUACCUGCUCAGGCGGCCCUACCCCUCCCUCACAUCUCCUACACUCCCUGCCCCUUUCCGUGAUGGUGCAGUGGGCCAUAAAUCACUGCUGCGGGAAGCAGUGUGUGAGAGGCAGAUCCGGCCUGCAUUGACUGAGCUGCCCCAGUCUGGCCCUGAGAUCCUGGCUUGGAAGUACUGAAGGAUUUAAUGCAGCACUGCUGGAGCCAUGA